AUGCCAACUAUUGAUGGUGGCCAUGUAAACAAUAAUAAUGAUGAUGAUGAUAAUAAUAAUAAUAUACCGUUGAGAGAAAGAAGCAUUGAUAAUAUAUAUAGAACAGUUUCACAAGAAAGUAAACAACAACCGCCACCAAGUAAUUCAUCUUCAUCAUUUAAAAAACCAUUUAAACUUCAUGAUAAUCAUGAUGAAUCUGCAAGAACAAUUGGUAAUCCAUUGUCAUUUUAUAGUCCUUAUCAAGACUCACGAGAAUCAAGAUAUGGUGCUGAUGAAGAAAGAAUUCAUGAUGCUCAAGUUGAAAAUACACUGAAUACAAAAUACGAUCAUCGUCCAAAUACUGGUGAUAGAAGAAGAUCUAUAUUACCAACUUUUUUCAAUCGUAAUAGAAAGAAAAAAACUGGUGGUCAACUUUCAAAUUUAAAUCUUGUUGAUCAAGAUUCUGAAUUAGCUGCUAGUGAAAGAGCUUCAAAAUUAAUUACAAGUUUAAGUAUAGGUAGUCCAUCAAUUAAUAUUAUGGCUUCAUGUUUAAUGAGAGAUGAUGGUGGUAUAUCAAGAGCUCCUUUGUUAUUAUCAUUAUUAGGUUUAAAAGUAACUCCCAUUCAAUUGGAAGGUGGUAAAAAAACAACAAAAUUUUUAAUUCAUUUAGAAUAUGGUUUAGGUGAUCAUAGAAUGAAAUGGAUUAUAGAAAGAAAUGUUGCUGAUUUAAUGACUUUACAUUCAACUGUUAAAUGGAAGUUAAAAAAGAAACAAUUUAGUAAAAAUCCUCAAAUGCCAAAAUUUCCCAAUCCAUUUGGUAUAACUGAUGAUCGAAAAAGAAAAGUUUUGGAUUAUAUUGCUGAAAAUAAUUUAGAACAACAACAACAAAAUGAUCAACCACCUCCGACUUCAUCAAUUGAUAAUCAUUCAAUUGGUUCCGGCCAAUUAUCAAGAGUUAGACUGCGUUUAGGAAGUAUAGCAUCAAUAGGAUCUUUUGAUAAAAUACAUCAUGAAAAAAAACAUAGAAGAAAUAUUUAUUAUAUACCAGAGGUUGAAAUGUAUUUAAAAGAUUUAAUUGAAUUAUUAUUUUUAGGUCCAAUUUCAAAUUUAUUAUUUGUAUUUUUUGAAUUAUCACCAUUAUCAGCUUUAUUGAGUUAUGAAUCUGGUUUUCAAGGUAAACAAGGUCCUGUUCAUAUUAGUGGAUCAGCUAGUUCUCAAGGUUGGAGAGUUGGUCAUUUUAAAGCAAAUGAUUUAAAAGGAAUUUAUGAUAGAAGAACUGAAAAAUGGUUAUUAGUCAGAAAUUCUUAUGUUAUGCAUGUUUCAGAUAUUAAUUCAACUACUCCAUUAGAAGUAUUUUUAGUUGAUUCAAAAUUUAAAAUUUCAGUUAAAGCAGAAUAUAAAGAUGAUGAAAUUCAUGAUGAACAAACUUUAAAAAAACUUUCUGAUAAAUUAGAAGAAACGACUCAAAAAAUUUUUCCACAUUUAAAAAUUACUCUAGAAAAUGCUGAAAGAAAAUUAGUAAUUAGUCCAAAGACACCUAGAGAACAUAAUUUAUGGUAUGAAUCAUUAAUCAAAAUGAAAGAUUCUGCAAUUUGGUCUCAACCAAAUAGAUUUAAUUCAUUUGCUCCAAUUAGAACAAAUUGCUUUGCUCAAUGGUUUGUAGAUGGUAGAGAUUAUUUUUGGGCUGUAUCAACAGCUUUAGAAAUGGCAAAAGAUGUAAUUUUCAUUCAUGAUUGGUGGCUUUCACCUGAAUUAUAUUUAAGAAGACCAGCAAAUGGAAAUCAACAAUAUAGAAUUGAUAGGUUAUUACAAAGAAAAGCUCAGGAGGGAGUUAAAAUCUAUAUAAUAAUUUAUAGAAAUGUGGGGACAACUGUUGCAACUGAUUCAUUAUACACAAAACAUUCAAUGUUAUCAUUAAAUGAAAAGAAUAUACAUGUUAUUCGUUCACCAAAUCAAUUAUUACAAAAUACAUAUUUUUGGGCUCAUCAUGAAAAAUUAUGUAUAAUUGAUCAAACUUAUGCAUUUUUAGGUGGUAUUGAUUUAUGUUAUGGAAGAUAUGAUACUCCAGAUCAUGCAUUAACUGAUGAUUCAGACUUAACAUUUGAUAAAUUAAAUAAGAAUACAGUUUUAGAUGUUAAAACUUUUGCUGAAUUUCAAACUUUCCCAGGAAAAGAUUAUUCAAAUCCAAGAGUACAAGAUUUUGUUGAAUUAGAUAAACCUUAUGAUUCAAUGUAUAAUAGAAAAAUAACACCAAGAAUGCCAUGGCAUGAUGUUCAUAUGUAUACAUGUGGUAAAAUAGCAAGAGAUUUAUCAAGACAUUUUGUUCAGAGAUGGAAUUAUUUAUUAAGACAAAAAAGACCAAGUAGAUUUACUCCAUUAUUAAUUCCGCCACCUGAUUUUACUGAUGAAGAAGCAAUUAAUCAUAAAAUGAAUGGAACUUGUGAAGUACAAUUAUUAAGAUCUUCAGGCAAUUGGUCUUUAGGUUUACAAGAACAUGAACAGAGUAUUCAAAAUGCAUAUUUAAAAUUAAUUGAAACUUCUGAACAUUUUGUUUAUAUUGAAAAUCAAUUUUUUAUAACUUCAUGUUUUAUUGAUGGAAUUGAAAUUAAAAAUAGACUUGGUGAUGCUUUAGUUGAUAGAAUCAUACGUGCACAUCAAGAAAGAACUGAAUGGAAAGCUAUAAUUGUUAUUCCAUUAAUGCCUGGAUUCCCAGCUCAAGUUGAUGAAGCUGAAGGGUCAUCAGUUAGAGUUAUUAUGCAAUGUCAAUAUAUGUCAAUAUCAAGAGGUGAAACAUCAAUUUUUGCAAAAUUAAGAAAAAAGGGCAUUGACCCUGAUGAUUAUAUACAAUUUUUUUCAUUAAGAAAAUGGGGUAGAAUUGGACCUUCAAGAUUAUUAACAACUGAACAAUUAUAUAUUCAUGCAAAAACAAUGAUUGUUGAUGAUCGUGCUGCAAUUAUAGGUAGUGCAAAUAUAAAUGAACGUUCAAUGAGAGGUGCUAGAGAUUCAGAAGUUGCUGCAAUUGUUAGAGAUACUGAAAUGAUUUCAACAAGAAUGAAUGGAAAACCUUUUAAAGCUGCAAAAUUUGCACAUACUUUAAGAAUGAGAUUAAUGAGAGAACAUUUAGGUAUUAGUAUCGAUAUUUUAGAUAUUGUAGAACGAAGAUUUCAAAGAUUUGAAAAUUUUGCAAAUACAAAAGAAGGUGAACAAUUUGCAACAAACAAUUUUAAAAAUAAGGAGUAUAAAAUUUUAUCAUCAAUGGUUGAAAUUGCAACUAGAGAUGUUUUAAAACAGCCAAAUGGUAGUUCAAGAUGGAAAAAUUUCAAGGACAAUAUUUCGAAAUUUGAUCUUGAAAUUUCUAAAAUUAAUUUUGAAGAAGAAAAUAAAAAUUUACCAGAACCAUUAUUUUUACCCGUUUCUUUUAAUAAUAGAACUGGACCAUUUGAAGCAAAUAAAGGAAUUCGUGAUAAGAAAAAACAUUCGUAUGAUUCAAGAGUUCAAAAUAGUGAAGUUCAUAAAAGAGAUGUUAAAGGUGAUGGAAUUGAUAAAUUUAAAUCUCCAUUAGCUAAAGAAGCAAGAAUCUCAAGUGCAAAAUUUUUAAAAGAAUUAAGUUUAAAAACAAUGGAAUCAGAAACAACUAUACCCAAAGCUUUUUUACCUAAUUUAGAUGCUGUUUUAGAUUUUUUAAAUUCUGAUGAUCAUGAUUUGAUUGAUAAAAUGGAUGAAAAAACUGAAGAAAUAAUAAAUGAAAGAAAUAAAGAAAGAUGGUUAUUAUUGAAAAAAAUUUCAUAUUUACAAAGAAUAGCUGCAAAAGAAGCACAAUCAAUUGAAGAAGAAAAUAGGAAAAGAUCAGGAUCAAGAAACUCACCACCAAUAGGAAAUAACGUUUCUUUUGAUUCAAAUUCAUCACCAACAGCAACUAAUUCAAAUGAAUUAAAUAAUUCUUCAGAUGGGAUAGGUACUGAUUUUAAAGAUAAGUAUCCAACUAUUUCAUUAAAUGAUCAAGCUGCCAAGGAUUUAAUUUCAAGUAUUACAACUCCAGAAGCUAAAGUUUCAUCAUUUAUUGAUCCUUAUGAAUUUGAAGAUCCAGUAAAUCCAAUAUUUUAUGAAUUUUUAUGGAAUGAAUUUGCUCGAAGAAAUACUGAAAUUUUUAGAAUGGUAUUUCAUUGUCAACCUGAUGAUAAUGUUGGUAGAUGGUCUGAAUAUACUCAUUAUACUAAAUUACAAAGUAAAUUUAUGAAAUCCCAAGCUUCAGAAAUUAAAAAAAGUACAACACAACCGGUUAGUAGAAAUUCAGAAGAAACGAGUGAAAAGACAAUCAAUAAUACUGGAACUUCUCAACAAUUUAAAUCUAAGAAUGAAAAUGAAGCAUCAUUGGAAAAAAAUGAACAAUCUAGAUUUGCAAAUAAUUCAAAAAUACAUUAUUCUGAUGAGGAUGAAGAAAGUGAUGUUGGAGUAUUGGGUAAAGUUCCACAAAGAAAAGAACAACAAACCCAAGAACAACAACAACAUGGUCACGAAAAAUUGAGAACAAAGUUGCAGAGAAGAGUAAGUACGUUGGCUGGUAUAACUGAACACCCUGAUGGAAAUUUAAAUGAAGAAGAAGAAUCAGAUAACAAAGAGAAUGAGAAGGAAGAUGAAAAUAAUCAAGAGGAGUAUAAGAAAGAAGAGAAAGCAAAACCUAAAUCAAAUACAACUAAUCAUUAUACUAGAAUUAGAAAAAAUAGAGCUGGGGCUGCUUUAACUAGAAGAAGAAUGCAAAGUGGUGAUGCUAUAUAUGAUAAACAAACAUCAGAAAAAUUAUUACAAUCUAUUCAAGGUCACCUUGUUUAUUUCCCUGCUGAAUGGUUAGAUGUUGAAUUGGAAAAUAACAAUUGGUUUUACAAUACUGAUAGAUUACCACCAAUGGAAAUAUAUGAUUAG